AUGGCCUUCAAUCAUAGAUCAUUACCAUUUCCACCAUCACCAUCACAAGCACCACCACCAACACCACCAUUACCGCCAUCCCCACCACUAUCACUCCUCACCUCUUCCAUCACCACCACAACCAUCACAACCACCAUCGCUCCCUACACCACCAUCACCACCAUUACCAUUAUUAUCACGACUACAAUCACUUUAACCAUCACUACCAUCACCACCACCGUUACCAUCACCAUAACCAACACCAUCAUCAUCACCACCACAACCAUAACCACCAUUAUCACCAUCUUCCCCACCAUCACCACCUUCACAAUUACCACCACCAUCACCAUUACCGCCCUCAUCUUCACCACCGUCAUCACAAACACCAUCAUAUCCAUCACCACUAUCACACCACAACCAUCACCUUCACCAUCACCACCAUUAUCACUAACAUAA